AUGCGUUCCUUAGCUGUAUUUCUAAUGUGUUUGGCAACCACUAAUGCCAUGAUCGCAGUGCCCGAUGGAUUCCAACUUGCUGAAAAAAGCUGGCCUGAGCUGAAAGAUAAAAAAAUGCUCGAUGUUAAACAAGCCAUUUUGAAAGAUAUGCCAAAUAUUGGAUUCAGAGAAUUUCCAGUUGAUGCUUCAAAAUAUUCUGAAGAGUUUUGGUACAAUGAAGUUAAAUUGGUUUACGACAAAUCGAACAAUGUUGUUGAAGUUCCUGCUUAUUGGGGAAUUGAACCAAAUUUUGAGUUGGUAUCUCCCGUUAUUGGACAGGCCUACAAUAAAGUUGUGGAUUCCUUCGGAACUGAAAUGCCAAAAUUGAAAGUAUGUGUGUACAAAAACAACAAGGAAAUUUUUUCCACUGAUGCAGCUGUGAAGAAUUAUGCAAGGCUCGACGUGGAUGAUGAUAACAAAAGAGAAAUAAUAUUAACCAUGAAAAACAAUUUGCUUCACUUAACGGGUAGAAGCGAGGCCAACGCGUCGGAAUUGUGUACUUGUAUGCUAAUGAGUAGUUUACGCAAGGUCCCACAACGAGGCAAUCCAACGAUUGAAAAGGUAGGUACUGAUGUGAAAGAGCCGAUGCAUUGGGGUCUGUCAGAGGAUUCAAAAAUGUUGAGAGAACUUGGCCUGAACUACAAUAUAAAGAAUAAAUUGGAUGACGUCAAAGAAGCCAUUUUGAAAGAUAUGCCAAAUGUGUGUGCGUACAGAAACAAUCAAGAAAUUUUUUCCACUUCUGCGACAGUCGAGGAUUAUGCAAGACCCGACGUGGAUAUUUAUGAUAAAGCACAACAAUUUUUUGAUCAUGAUCUAUUAGAUUUGAAGUUGUUUUACAAAUAUUUGAAGUCAACAAACGAAUACGAAUCUUCGCCCACAAGUACAAAAAUACUAAUAUUAAAUAACACGAGUCACCAGUUCCAGAUUGCUUCUAAAUAUUGCCACAUUUACGUUAUCCGCAAGCAGAAUUCUGUACUUUAUAAUUUUUCAAAUAAUAAUUAA